AUGAGUGACAGCGAAGCUCAAGCCACAGGUGCACCUGGCACAAAAACUAACCCAGGCGCACGAAACAAGCGCGACUGGGAUGAAGCUUGUUUGGAGAACCCUGCCGAUGAGGAUCAGCCAACCCAUCUGCCCGAGCUAGGCACUUUCGGCAUAUUCUGUCCCCUCGCACCUCUUAAAGACAGAGGCGGUUUUGACGAAUGGUUUACUGCUGUCGAGCAAUGUCUCCGUCCUACCAGCCUCUCUGAGUUCAACGGCCCAGAGGAAUUCAUCAACACCUUGGCAUAUCGCUACAAAGUGAACAGAGAACUCCAGGGAAACAUCCCCCCAUACACCGCGCUUAUCAUGAUGUUUCGGGAGCUGCAGUAUCUGCCUCGAUUCGAUACAAUCAAUAUCUGGAACAAUGAGCUCUGUCUACUCAAGGACCCAGCUACAACUAUCACAUAUGGCGACUUUCUUGUGUACAGCUCUGCGAUGCAGACUGAGGCCCGAUGCCAGGCUACACCAGUUUUUGUCUUACAUGGAGGCUGGCACAUCCUCAACCCACAGAUCUAUUUGAUGUUUUAG